AUGGAUCGUGGCUUUCGUUUUCGACUGAACAAAUUAAAAAUAAAAGAAGAAUUCAAUGAUAAACCCUGGAAUGCUGAGGACGAACGCGCCUUUCAUUUGACAGAAAAUGCUAAACAAAUUGACGGUCGCAAGGCGCGAAAGAAAACUGAUCCAGUUUCAAAGAUGGUUAGAAAAGGUAAAUGUCGAAAAUGGGAGAAUGUUUGCAAUUCGGAAGGAGUAAUUGUUAACCAUAAUUUCGUUUUUAGAAACUGCGAUGAAAACACUCCGAAGUGAUAGAAUACGGAAGAGCCCAGUACUGCCUCUUUCAACCCCUUCGCUACCCUUGAGUCCCGUGGUAAAAGUUCCACGCGAGAAAUCGACUAACAUAUCCCACUCAAGUGAAACAACAUGGCGAAACAAUGUCAAUGGCAGCAAAAAUGUAUCUCCAUUGGAAAAUCGAAAUUUUCCCCUGAAUGACAUGACAGGAACAGCUGAAAGAGUUUUGUUCGCUUCACUCACAACUCGACAUCUCCGGAGCAGACGUGAAAUUGAUGCGACCUCAGAAAGCAAUGUUGGUCCGACCGAAUACGCCAAACACAGGAAUAUGCCGAUAGGAGCAAUAAUUGUAACAUGCGCUUUCGUACUUUCUUAUAUUUGUUUGGUAUUGUUGUUGAUAGUUUAUGGCAUGCUUCCUGAACUUCGCACUCUGCCUGGGUUGAAUUUAAUGAGUUUAAGCUUCGCGUUUUUGUUCUGGCAGUCUUAUCUUGUAGUAGUAGUUUCGCUGUAUAUGCGUGCAGUUGAAAUGAAUAAUAUGCUUUGUGCGUGGGAAAAAAUGACAAGUUGGUUUUUGUGUAUGCUAUACUUAUGAAUUCUGCUGUUAAUGUGUAUCACAUAGGAAAAACUUUUUGUGGCAAUAUUCUAGUGAAAUCUGAUGAAAAAAAGUGGAAAACCUUUCUGAAGUAUAGUCUCUUUAGCUGGGGUGUUGCUGUCAUUAUAACUAUUGUCCACAUUGUACUAGUAAAGGUUGAUGUUUUAAGGUUUUAUCCAAAUAUUGCUGGCACUGAUUGUGUAGAUGUUAUUCUGCCAUCUGUACAUGCACUUCCAAUUAUCCUUGUGUUGCCGUACAUUAUUAGAAAGUUUUACUUCAGUGCUAAUCAACUUCGCCAAAAACUCAAGGCAAGUAGUAGUAGCAUCGCAGAGAAAUCGAAUAUUGUUAAGAAUCGCAAUAGCUUUGUCAUAAAUCUUAAGCUGUUCACUAUUACUUCCUUCACCUAUUGGUUGCCUCUCAUGAUCAGAGCAUUCAUUGAUAAUGUUCGCAUACAGGCAGCGUUAACUGCUGUAACUUUCCUUACUGGUUUCUAUAUAGGUCUCGCGUUUGUCUUUACAAGAAAAAUUUACAAAUUGCUGAAGAAGAAAUAUUUUUCAGCAAAGAAGAAGCCAAUUAAGAAUAAUACUGUGGUAGCGAUGUGAGUAUCAUAUCAGACAGGGCCGUCGCGAAGAGGCUCGGUAUUGUAUUUACCGACAAAUUUUGGCGACAUUCCGACAAAUUAUCCGAAAUAUGUGUCGACCGGGAGGGAGGGAUGGCAGGUCAAAUUUGAUUAGACUAACAAUGUAAAAAUAGUCGACAAAAUUCUUCAUUUUGCCAAUACCCCCCCCCCCCCGCCUUAUAGCGACGGCCCAUAUAUGUCCAAUAUAGCCAUCGGUUGUCAGGUGGUGAAGAUGGUGUACAGGGCCGUCCUCAGGAAAUUCUUCAGGGGGGUGUACUUCAAUUCAACCGACUGGUUCAAAAAAAUUUUUCCGGACGUACAAAAUUUUUCCGGAAUAUUCAAAAAUUUUUCGCACAUAGCAAAUUUUCAACAUUUUUUAACAUUUUUUCAAAAUUUUUACAUUUUUCCUCAAAAUUUUCAUAAAAUUCCCACCACGUUCUUGCCCUUUGCGCCAAAAAUAUUUAACCCAAGUAGCAGUUUUACCGACUGAAUAGCAGUUCUACCGACUGAAUAGCAGUCCUGCCGACUAAAUACAAUUACUGGGGGGAUGUCACACCCCCCCACACCCCCCCGUAGCUCCGGGCCUGAUGGUGUAAGAUGGUGUCAGAUGCUUUGUUUGUCAGACGCUUGUAGUGUGGUGUCGGACGGUGUAGGAUGGUUCAGCUGAACAGUUGUUGUCAGGUGGUGAAUAUGGUGUAAGAUGCAUGGUGAAGAUGGUUUAAUGGGGGGGGAGUGUUAAUUUUUAACCUACUUGUGCACAUAUAGUGUUGCCUCGUUCUUUCCGCCACGUAUAUAUCAAUAAAACCUACCAGACCAACGACAAAAGCGUUAUGGCUAAUUGUGCGCAUAUAUAUAGUGUUGCCUCGUUCUUUCAAAACUACGUAUAUAUCAAUAAAGCCUACCAGACCAACGACAAAAGCGUUAUGGCUAAUUGUUCAUUAUUAUAUAGUGUUGCCUUGUUCUUUAAAAAACACGCUUCGUAUGUAGUAAACUGCAGUAGCAAACGCGUCAACGCAUUACUAUACAAUCUUUGACAACGUCAAAAACAGUCCUUUCUUCUAAACCAUUGGCUUGUGGGUUGAGGGGACUAACUGGACCGUAUGCUUGAAUUUACAGCUUUCUGCGAAUGCUUGAAAUUCUCUAAAGGAGCUGUAUUGGCAGCGAUGGAAGCAACGAGGGCAAAGAUAAAUCGCCAGCAAGCAAGCGUCAGCAAGCAAGAGUACAAAACAACAAAAAGACUGUAAUAGUGGGAGACUCGAUUGUCAAAGGUUUGCAGCAACACAAACUUUCGAAAGCAGCAAAGCAGAACGUGGGUGUGAAAUGCUUCCCAGGAGCGACUGUUGGUGAUAUGAGCGAUUAUAUAAAACCCGUGCUACGUCGAAAGCCAGAUACCGUUAUUCUACAUGUGGGAACAAACAACGCCACUUACAAAGAAGCAAGCGAGAUAGUUAAUGACAUCGACAAAUUAUGCCAAGAGGUCAAAGAAAUUGAUCCCAACGUUGAAAUAAUAUUGUCUGAAUUGACCAACAGAGAGGACAAUGCAAAGGCCAAAACAACUGUUCAAGAG